AUGGUACAGGAGAGCAGAUUUUUUUAUGUCACAUUUUUUUAUGUCAGAGUCGAAUUGAAAGACUGACGCCUAGUGCAGUACAAUGUAAUUAUUUGUGUUUAUUAAGCUGCAGUUUUGUGUAUAUGUAAUAGGCUACACGACAGUGUAGAGCCGCCGUAAAUGGGUUCCAUCUGUCGUAACACCUCUACCUUGUCUCAAAAACGUUCAUUCUUUCGGUUUAGAGUUUAGCGGGCGGCGUCAUAAUUUUCUCGUCCAUGGAUAAGACGUUAAAGAUCAUCGCAGAGGAUUCCAUUCAAACAACCUCUGGUCUCCUUUUGAAGCCCUACCGCUGUUAAGCGUUUUCACCCGAAGGUUGGAACCGUUUUCUCCUCUUUUAAGAACGUCUCUGUGGUCGCUCACGGCAGCAUCCUCCUGUACUAAAGAAUAUGUGAGAAAAGUACAGUUCGUCCUCUCUGCACCUCUCUGGCAGUGUCUAGUGCGAUAGUGAUCUACACGGUGCGGUCAUAACCUGUGUGUAGGGAAACUAGUCUUCGCGAGUGUAAUGCAGCCUAGUUAACACCUUCAAUCAGGACUUUUGUCGGGGUAACUUUUUUUUUAUUUCAUAUAAUUUUUAAUUAUAUAAGUUUGUUUUGUUUUUUAAACCGGUGUCGUAAACAGACCACACAACAUGGACGCUGCAAGGAAGUACACGACGGACACAUUAGUGUGACAGAUUUUUGUGACGUUUGGGAGUGCCAAUAACUUGUCUGGGUGUGAGAGGAGAUAACAAGAGAAAAGGCUGUGUGUUGCUGUCAGUCACAGAUAAUGUUCAGUAACCGUCAGAAACGGAACAGCAGCCUGGUUCACAGUAUGCUUUCCUUCUUAAGAUGCCAGAAGCAGAAAAAACCCUCACAAGGUACGUUAUUAGUUUAGCUAACUACUCACUAACUAAGAGCCACACAGACUGUAACAAGGUUUCUGCUCUGAUUUGGAUGUGCUUGUGAUGAUGAUCUUCAUUGAAAGGGAAGUGGAUCAAAGCUAAAGCCUCAAUUCAUCUUACUUCCUCUUAAUGUGUGGAGUAACAAUGUUGCAGAUGUCGAGAUUCACUACCAAGAAACUCUUAGAGCACUGGACUGUUACCUGCAAACGCCCAGUAAGACUUUACCAGCUAUCUGGUCUGACUUUAAGAUCCCAGAGAAAACUGGUCUGUGAAACUGUACUUCAAGCAUCCCUUUUUCCCCAAUUCCGACUUGGAGCAACUUUAGGUCCACAUUGUGUUUGGACGCACUUCAGGACCUCCACUCCAUUUGCUUUUUACAGCACGUCGACAGACUCCAAGCAAGCAGCAGAGCAUGUGGGAAGAGAAGUCAAAACCAAUGACAGACCAGGACGGAUAUCCUCAGGCGACUUCAAAAAGUUAUUGUGGCUCGCUCAUCCAGAGCGCUGGAGGCUAUCAGCUGCUGUGAGCUUCCUGGUUGUCUCCAGUGCUGUCACCAUGUCUGCUCCAUUUUUCUUGGGUAAAGUGAUUGACACUGUCUACACAAACUCGUGUGCAGACUUCAGUUCCUCCCUGACCUCGCUGUGCAUCAUGCUAGCAGGGGUUUUCCUGUGUGGUGGAGCUGCCAAUGCUGCACGUAUAUAUCUUAUUCAUGUCUCAGGGCAGCGGAUUGUGAGAAACUUGCGUGAGUCCCUUUUCUCCUCAAUUUUGAGGCAGGAGGUGGGAUUCUUUGACAAGACGAGCACUGGUGAGCUCAUUAACCGCCUUUCAUCGGACACAGCUCGAGUUGGAAAUGCGCUUACUGACAAUGUGUCUGAUGGUCUACGGUCAGUUGCUCAGGCUGGAGCUGGAGUCAGUAUGAUGUUCUAUGUGUCACCCAGUCUUGCCACCUUUGUCCUAAUGAUUGUACCUCCCGUGGCAGCCCUGGCAGUCAUCUAUGGAAGAUAUGUGCACUCCAUAUCUAAACAAACACAGGAUGCUCUGGCAAAGGCCACAGAGCUGGCAGAAGAGAGGAUCAGUAACUUACGGACAGUUAGGGCAUUCAGCAAAGAGUUGACAGAAGUGCAGACCUACGCAGAGAAGGUGGAACAUGUCCUCCAACUGGCUAAAAAGGAAGCUAGGCUUACUGCUGGGUUCUUUGGAGUGACUGGCCUGAGUGGCAAUAUGAUCGUCCUGAGUGUGCUGUAUAAAGGCGGGCUGCUGAUGGGUAGCGAGCACAUGACCGUAGGAGAGCUUUCCUCCUUCCUUAUGUAUGCCUUCUGGGUGGGCAUCAGCAUUGCUGGUCUGAGCUCAUUCUAUUCAGAGCUAAUGAAGGGGUUAGGAGCUGGUACACGAUUGUGGGAACUGAUGGGGCGAAAGCCUGAAUUUCCUCUCAGUGAGGGACUUGUGUUGAGACCAGAGCAGCUGAAGGGAGCCCUCGAGUUCCAUAAUGUGUCGUUUGCUUACCCGACAAGGAAAGAUAUCUCUGUCUUCCAGAACCUGAGUCUGUCUGUGCCAGCUGGUUCAGUGAUGGCAGUGGUGGGGUCAAGUGGCUCUGGAAAAUCAACUCUUGUGUCCCUUCUGCUCCGUCUGUAUGACCCAGACUCGGGUAUGAUAACUGUUGAUGGCCAUGACAUACGGAAUUUGAAUGCUUAUUGGCUUCGGAAUAAUAUUGGAACUGUAAGCCAGGAGCCAGUCCUCUUCUCUUGCACCAUUGCUGAGAACAUUGCAUACGGAGCAUCCGAUCCCAGUCAGGUCACAACACAGGACAUCCUACGAGUAGCACAGAUAGCUAAUGCUCAUGACUUCAUUAGUGGAUUUCCCAAUGGCUUUGACACUCUUGUUGGAGAGAAAGGAGUUCUCCUGUCAGGUGGACAGAAACAAAGAAUUGCUAUUGCAAGGGCCUUGCUAAAGAACCCCAAAAUACUGUUAUUAGAUGAAGCCACAAGUGCUCUGGAUGCAGAUAAUGAGUUCCUGGUGCAAGAGGCCCUGGAGCGGCUGAUGCAGGACCGCACAGUGCUCAUCAUCGCUCACCGUCUCUCCACCAUCCAGAACGCAGAUGCUGUGGCUGUGCUGGACCAGCAGCGUGUGGUAGAGUGUGGCCGUCAUGCCCAGCUUCUCACCAACCAAGAUGGUCUCUUUCGCAAGCUCAUGGAGAAACAAGCCUUUUUACAUGCUGAGCAGAAGCUGGCUCUUGCCAAAUAGAAGAAGACAUUCCGAUGUCUGAAGAAAGUACUACUGAAAAUGAAAGUGUAUGCAUACCAAUGUGUCAGAAGAAAUCAGCUGUAGUUGUACCUGAGUGCCUAUUUGCAAUAUAAACUCCCAGUCAAAAGUUU